AUGGCCGCGAAGCAAGCGUCUGUCCACGCCAAGUGGAUUGUCGGCCGAGUCAUCGGAACGAAAAUGUGCAAAACAGCCAAGGCGCGCGUCACAAGGCUUGUGCUCGACCCCUACCUGCUCAAGUACUACAACCGGAGAAAGACAUACUUUGCCCACGACGCCAUGCAGCAGUGCGAGAUGGGUGAUGUGGUGCUUCUCAAGGCGCUCCCCGAGCCGCGUUCCAAACACGUCAAACACGAGCUGGCGCAGGUGGUCUACAAAGUGGGCCGCGUGGUGGAUCCGCUGACAGGGAAGCGUGUUGCCGGCACCGAAUUCCUGGAGCCGUUGGACGACCUCAAAGACGAUGGCGAAACUUUGGCUCAAAAAGUGCAAAGCUUGAACAUUUCAGCAGAGGGAUUGCAAUAA